GUUGUGAUCUAUGCGUCUUCUGCUUUGGUCGAGCAAACCACGCCGCAGUUUCACGUACUCCACGAUGCCAAUGCCAGCGUCUCGAAUGUUGACUUUGUUGGCAAAGAUCUGGACUUGGAGGACCUUGGCGGCGUGGUGAGUUGGACUGCACCUGGCUCCGAUUGGGAUCGGGUGUUGGCCUAUGUGGUUUAUUUGUCCCUCGACGACAUCGGGACGAAUCGGUCGCAGAUCGAGCAGGACGUUCCGUUCGGGACAAACAUGCUCCUGACACCUGCAGAAACACCUCGCAAUGCCUAUACACGCUUCGUGGUGUAUACCAAGUCAGUUCUCGCGGAGCAGACCACUCCGACUGCGCACAGCCUCUUCGACACUAGCGCUCUGCCUCAAAAUCUGGAUUUCCUAGACAUCGAUGUGGACCGCGGGGAACUCGCUGGCAACCUCACUUGGGAUCCGCCAACCGACGAGUUCCAUGUUAUCCGGUACAACGUCUAUUUGUCUGAGAACGCUUAUGGUCACGGCCGCCAAUACUUGGGAAACGUUUCUGUGGGCAUCUACGAGUUCUUCAUCCCGUUGGACACACCGCUGUACAACCACACACAUCUUCUGGUGUAUUCGGAGUCAACACUCGCCGAGAUGACGACUCCAGCUGCCCUCGAACUUAUAGAUUCGAUUGCAAUUGUGGAGAACAUCACGCUCUUCGAUCGGGAUCUUGACGAAUUCGACGUCGGUGGGGAGAUCACCUGGGACCCUCCUCCGGACGAACGGAUCGUGGAUGUGUUGCUUUGCCAAGAGAUCUUCGCAAGUGCGUGGUUUGGACGAGGGUGCAGGGCCGAAGGGCCUCAAGGUUCAGCUUCAGAGCCUGUCGUGCUUCAUACCAGGCCCCAGGGCAGCUUCUCGUCAAGACUUGCGGUCCUGCAAUUGAAAGCACACCGAGGUAUCGUGUCUUCUUCCAGAGCGACAGAGCUGGAACAGUAA